UAAGUGGCCAGGAUAGCAGGACUGGAAAGGACAUUUCUCACUCACAGGGCUGUGGUGCAGAUAGAAUUUGACUGAAUUCAAUGUGGUGGCGUGUGACGUAGAGCAAUUAUUCUACGCAUGCGUGCUGAAGGACCUACACGUGAAGGCAGCAUGGCGGAGCAGCAGGGAAAGUUGCAGUUGGACCGAUCUCAGGUGAAGAAGGCUGUGUUGGCACUUCAGGCCUUCCUCAAAACUAAAGAGUCUACAGAAUGCCUACUUCUCAACGAGAGUCAACACAUUUCCCUCAUGUUCACAAUGUGGAAGAUCCCAAAAAAAGAGCAAACCAUUCGCAUUCCUUUACCCCAUGGCAUCCGCACAGAGAACGGUGAGGUGUGUCUCUUCACAAGAGAUGAACCCAACAUGACCUCAGACCAGACCGAGAGGUUUUUCAAGAAGCUGCUCACAGAACGAGGAGUCAAGAAUGUCACACAGGUGAUGCCUUAUAAGGUGUUAAAGACAGAAUACAAGGCCUUUGAAGCCAAAAGAAGACUGCUUGGCAACUUUGACCUCUUCUUGUCUGAUGCACGGAUACGUCGUCACUUGCCAUCUCACAUUGGGAAACAUUUCUAUGAAUCAAAGAAAGCACCUUUGUCUGUGGACCUGCUGAGUAAGAACCUGGGCCGGGACAUGGAUCGUCUCAUCCAGGGCACCACCGUAACGGUCGGCAAGAAAGGCCCAUGCUGUAUGGCCCGUGUGGCACACUCCGGGAUGACUGCUGACGAAAUUGUCGAGAACGUCACCGCUGCUGUAGCCACCAUCAUAUCCAAGCUGAACAUGGUGGAAAAGGACAAAAUUAUUAAACUGAUUCAUCUGAAGAGCCAGACUUCUGUAGCGCUGCCCAUCUACUCCUCAGACCUGGGCAACCUCACUCAGGUGGAGGGGCUGCGCAACAAGACCAAGAAGAAGCCAAAGAAGAGAAAGGCCCCAGCAGUGAGCGGCGAUGCUACUCCGAAAGACGGGGAGGAAGGAAGUCAGGAAGAGAAGACAACAAAGGAAGACAAAGAUGCUUCAGCUGAAGAGGAGAUCCCACAGCUGGUGCCUAUUCAGACACCAAGCAAAAAGGCAAAGCUGCAGGAGCCAAAAAAGAAAGGUGUGAAGACAGCGGCCAAGCCUUUGGUAGGCAGAGGGAAAAAACAAACUAAAGGUGGACCUCGUCAAGCCAAGAGGACAGCGAAAGCCUCCCCACAGAAACCGAAAAGAAAGGCGCCCAAGCGCUCUUAAAGCCAUCCCUGUUUGUCAUGUUUCUUAUUCUUCAAUAAAACUGUAACUUACUGCCAGCCUCUAAUUCCAUUUGCUAUGUGAUGUGAUGGCAAUGGAUGACAGGAAUGUAGGAAAUCAUGCCUCAAAUACUUUGACACACACACAUACAUAACAUAAUCUCCCAUCCAAAAUGACAUGGUGCAUACAUACUGUAUAACCAUGUAGUCCUAAUAUAUUUGGUCAGAUGUAAUGGCUUAUCCUUUUAACAGCAGGACACUGCUGGAUUGACUGAAUAGGUUGGGAUCUCAAUUCACUUAACUGCAACUACCCGAAUCUGUCUUGUGUACCAGAAAGAUGCCUCUGGCUGUGUUUGUUCAGUUUUUCACUUUGUAAAUAAUAAAAGACAAUAUACUUUGUUUGCUGUAUAUAACCAUA